UUGUGCCGUAACUUGUGAUUGUCACAAUAUGCGGAUGUGUUUGUGUUAUUUACAGUGGAAAAUAUUUCAUAUUUAGCGUGUUAUCGUAGCCUACACGUAAAGUGUUUCUAAAGCAAAGUUUGUGUCUGUGGGUUUGAAGUUAGUUAGUAGUUAGCUACUAUUAGCUUGUUGAGUUGGCGUUUUUCACUUAACUUUAUUUGAAUUGAAGUUAGCUAGGCACCUGUACUUGCUUUGACUAUCCUGAAAGUCUUGCUGCAUGUUAGCUGGCUGGCUAUCUGGACAGUUAGUCGGGGAUGUACCCUCCUCUCUCCGCCAGGAUGCUCCUCAUAGUCCUGGUAUGUAGCCUGUCUCUGGCUGCCACCGGUCAGGAGGAGGACAACGACUGGAUAGACCCUUAUGAUAUGCUCAACUAUGAUGCAAGCACCAAAACGAUGAGGAAACCGACAGAGCCAGCAACCCAACAUUAUGACAAAGUGCCAACCAAGAGAAGAGAGUACCAGGACCCCAACCAGGUGGAGCAGACGUCCUGUAGCAUGCAAGUAGCAGACCAGCAGAGACAGAUUGAAGAACUGAAGAAGAAAAUCACGGCCACCUUACAGCAGCCAUCAUGCAAUCCAGUGUUCAAGCGAUUCCUCACCAGACUCCUGAAGGAAAUCCAGAGAGCUGGUUUGCCAAGUGACUCCACAGACGUCUUCUAUGAUGCCAAAAUCAAACUGUCCACACAAUCCAUGACAGAGAUUCAGGCACUUCUGGAGGGUGAAGACAGCUGGAGAACAGGAGCUCUGGACACUGCCAUCAGUCAGAUUCUGGUAGAUCUCAGACCGCAUGACUACGAGGCCUGGAAGUGGCGUUUUGAAGACUCCUUUGGCGUGGAGCUUGACACAGUAUUUAAAAUAGGGCUCUGUGUUCUGGUCCUCGUGGCCAUCAUAUGCACUGAGUUGUGGUCAACUGUGUCCUGGUUCGUGCAGUUCUGGAGACUCUUUGCCAUCUCCUUCUUCAUCAGUUUUAUCUGGAACUGGCUCUAUCUUUACAAGACUGCCUUUGCUGAUCACCAAAGAAACCUAGCAAAGAUAGAUGACUAUGAGAAAUGCACUGGAAUGAAGAAAAUCGACUGGAGUGAUAGCUUGAAAGAGUGGUACAGGAGCACUUGGACUCUUCAAGACGACCCUUGUAAAAAAUACUAUGAAAUCCUCUUGGUCAACCCCAUUCUGUUGGUUCCUCCAACUAAGGCAAUUGCAGUUACCUUCACAACUUUCAUCACAGAGCCGCUAAAGCACAUUGGGCAGGGGAUCAGUGAGUUUCUUGUAGCCCUGCUCAAAGAUCUACCAUUUACCCUGCAGCUCCCAGUUCUCCUCACUAUCGUGCUCGCCAUUGUGGUAUGCAUGUACGGAAGUGUGCAUGCAGCCUUCCGGUACGGCAUCGCUGCACCUUUCCAACGCCCACAGAGGGAUCCACCUCCUCCACAGCUGGAGCAGCCGCAGCCUCGCCUCCAGCAAAUCGAGGAUCGUGACCACUUAGCAGGCGGGGACGCACCACAACAGGCUCCAAGGCACCGAGACAAUGAUGCAAGAUUACAAAGGAACCAGGUUCAUCAGAGGCGUCACAACAGGCCGAGGCAAGAGCCGGCCGUGGUGGUUGUGGAGACGCUCCGCAAUGCAGAGCCUCGUUCAUACAGCGAGGAUGAGAUGGAUAGUCAGCAGCGUGAGGCGGAGCAGAGGCUCUCCUCUGAGUCAGAUUCAGAAAAUCAGCAGGAGGUACAAGAGCAGCAAGCAGGAGAGAAUGCUAGCAGUGUUGCUGCAAACACAACACCAAAAAAAACUAAACCCACUGAUUCCAAAUUAUCUCCAUCAAAAUCUAAACCUGUGGAAGUCAAUAAGAAGCUUUCUCAAGAUAAACUCCGCAAAGAUGGAGCAGCACCGAUAUCUCCGCAUGCAGGACGGCCACCCUCACAAACUGACGUUCAGGCUUUAAUGCUUCAGCUGUGCAAAUGCACUGAUGGGAUGAUGACAAUUCACAUGCUGCAUAAAGCGGACCUGCAGGCCUCAGGAGAAGACAUGACCGCCGCGGUCUCUCGGCCGCCCGUAGAAACUGUCGGAGUUCCGGUUCAGGAGACAUCUGUAGAGUAGGAGCUUCUACAUCGAUCAAAGCUGGAAGAUUAACCUCAUCAGUAAUUGGUGCAUUUCGCUCUACAGUGGAGGUGCCACGGAGAGUAAAUAUCCCCAACUAACAGACUCAGAGACCUUUUUUAAACAAGCCCAAUGUGAAUAUGAAUAUGAAGCGCUGAAUGAACCUUUUCCUGAGCAGAGUCAACAAUACUGAAUCUGCUCAUUAUUUCGUGAUGAUUUGUCGAUGAAAAUGUUCAAUUUACUGCACAGCAGCCAGACUAAAACAGGUGACAAGGAAACAGGAAAAGGAUACGUUAACAGUUUGAGUGUGUCCUACGUAUGGGUAGGAAUCAGGGUCUUACAAACUGUUUCACUGUAAUGACAAAGAACUGUUGUUACAGUAACAAAUAAUGUGUUGAAAUAUAAAUGGGGAUUUUGUAAUCUAAAAGGCAUAAAAAGUAUUUCUUAAUUUUUUAAAGCUUUUUUUUCCAAUAAUUUUUUUUGUGAUUAUUAAUGGUUUGUAUAUUGAGGGUUCGAAAGGGUGCCAAAGCAGAAAGGUUUCUGACAGCAUGGUUGGGCUCAGUCCCAUUUUGUAAAUUCAUAAAUCGAUAUACACGACAAAAUCAAUUAUCUAAAGUCUUAAAGUGGCUCAAUGACACUUAAUUAGCCAGCAAGAUAAGCGAUCUUCAGUGUUGCUCCCUAACAGGCAUUUAUGAAUGAUUUAAUGGUAUUUGUGUCCUGACAGGAGUAUUUAGCAGAGCUUCAGACUCAGAUUAUGAUGAUGAUGAUGAUGAUGAUGAUGAUGAUGAACAGCAGAUACAGACACCAGCACACACUUCUAGUGGCUCAUGAGUGAGAUGGAUUAUUUCUGUAUGAGGCUAGAUUUCUUUUUAUUGUCACACAAAAGGAUGUUGAAAAUCUCAACCUGCUCCCAAAGAAAUAAACUGAAAGCAUUUAUACUUAAAUAUGAAGCCAUACUUAAUGCUGCACCAGUAAAUCUUCUAGCUCAGUGUUUUGCUUGUCAGGUCGGAACCAUUACUGUUUUGGUUUACUCUUAUUGCAGGAAGCUUUUUUGCAGAAAAAAAAGUUCAGCUCAGCACACUGUACACAACCUGCUCAGCUCCAAAUGGCAGACAGACGCUGUUAGUGUGCAGCUGGUGAGCACAGUGGCUCAUUCAGCAGCUAAAGAGCCAGAUAUUCCCCUCAGGAGUUGAUAGAAACAGCUAAAAGGAGAGUAAAUAUUGCACUUGCAUUCAUGCUGGAUGUAAAAAGGAAACUGUUUGCUAAAAUGUAGUCAACUUUUUAAAGUGAUGAUAUAUCCAUGUGGUGGGAAAUACAUGUUUGUUACAAUAAAUG